UCUUGAUGCUUCUGGAAGCUUAUGGUAGGGGUUGCUCUGUCAUUGGCGCAAGGCUGGCGUAGCCGCGUGUCGUUGCGGGUGGGGUAAUAUAAGUGGGUGUGGCGGUGGCGUGUGGCGUUAGUGGGGAUAGUGGCUUUCUGCGGGAUUCUCACGACGACGACGGGCUUUCUGUACAGGGAAAUAAAUAACUGACUCAUCAGAGGUGUUUGUAGGGGAGUGAUGGAACGGUAGAUCGGAAAUUAUUAAUUAUCAAGUUCGGGAAAUGGUGAAUUAAUGUUUACUUUCAUUUUAGCUGGACGUACAGUAGAAGGCGAAUCGGGUGUCGUGGAAUUUUAGAUAACUUUAUUUGUGAAACUGUGGGGUAGACCAGCGGCUUGUUGUGGCUUUGCAGAUACAGAGGUAAAAUCGGCCGCUCACCCCAAGACUGGCUUUCCUUCCACCCUCUCCCAAUCUUCUUCUAAAACCCACCAGAGUCAGCACUCUCGUGUCAGCGCUUUGUGUCAGCCACGAUCAUGGCGCCGCAACUGGAUGCUGUGAAGCAUAGUUUGAUCAAAAUAUUGCUUAAAGAAGGGUUUAAAACCAAGCUAACAGCCUCAGUAGCCUUGUGCAGCGUACGCGCCGUCCAGAGAAUCCGCCUGAAGCAGUUCGAAAUGCCCAUCCAACGAGCAAAGCGUGCCGGCCGUCGUAGCUGCAUUACACCAGCCAUGGACAAAGCCCUCUGUGAUCUAAUACUUGAGCAGCCCUACCUGUACCGAUCUGAGAUGGCGGAUUUCCUCUAUCGUAAGUUUCGCAAAAGGAUUUCGGAAAGACCGCUCGGUCGGUUCCUGCGAUCAAUCGGCUGUACGAGAACAAUGAUCCAUCGUAUCGCUCAACAACGGAAUGCCGACCUUCGAGACUACUAUCUACAUAAGAUGUCGCAAUAUAAGUCAUACCAACUUGCUUUCGUUGAUGAGCCUGGCUGCGAUGGAAGGGAUGGAUAUAGACGUUGGGGGUGGUAAAAAAAACUACAGCUAUCUUUCCUGGACUAUAUAUAAUAUUUGCUACAGAGCGUGAGGAUUCAUAUGGCCUCAGAGGUUGGCCGGAGCAAGCUGAUCUGUCUUCAACCCUCCUCCGA